AUGAUGCGUGCGCAACUGGAACAGAGGCAGCAGCGGCACCAUCCCGAGCGCGGGGCUGCCACCGUCCGCGGCUCUGUCUUCCCGGACCUGCGGAACCGUGCCGGCGAGAGCGACAGCCCCUACGUGCGCCGGCACACCGACACUCCCGUGGCAUGGCAGAUGCUCGACGCAGCCACCCUCGCCCGAGCUACGGCAGAGAACAAGCCCAUCUUUAUGCACAUCGGCUUCCUGGCCGAUCACCAUUGCCAUCUCACAACCCAAGAUUCCUUCUCCAACCCGGCCGUCGCCGCCUGCCUCAACACGGCCUUCAUCCCCAUCCUCAUCGACCGCGAAGAACGCCCGGACCUCGACACAAUCUACCAAAACUACUCGGAAGCCGUCAAUGCCACAGGCGGCUGGCCGCUCAACCUGUUUCUCACGCCAGACCUCUACCCCAUCUUUGGCGGCACCUAUUGGCCCGGCCCGGGAACCGAGCACAGCACCGCGACAGCCGGCACGGCGGCUGCUGCAGCAGCGGCGGCGGUGGGCGAAACCGGCGGCGGUGGCGCGGAAGGAGGAGGAGGAGGAGGAGGAGGCGUACUGGGAGGGGAAGAAUCGUCGUACAACGAUUUCCUGGCCAUCGCCAAGAAGAUCCACAAGUUUUGGGUCGAGCAGGAGGAGAGGUGUCGCCGCGAGGCAUUUGAGAUGCUGCAUAAGCUGCAGGAUUUCGCGCAGGAGGGGACCUUUGGCGCCGGGGCGACGCUCGCUGUCGCUACGGCUGCUGCUGCUGCUGGUGCCACCACUGCUACCACUGCUGCGGGCACCGCAUCCUCCUCCAGCGCGGGUGUAGAUGAUGGCGGGGACCUGGAUCUGGACCAGCUGGACGAGGCGCUCGGGAGGAUAAGCAGGAUGUUUGACCCUGUCGAUUACGGCUUCGGAACGCCUAAGUUCCCCAACCCGGCGCGGUUGUCGUUCCUGCUCCGGCUGACGAAUUUCCCCCCGGAGGUUGGGGAUGUGCUUGGGGGGGAAGUGGAGGUGAAGAAGGCCGCGGCCAUGGCAAUUGGCACGCUGAGACGGAUCCGCGACGGCGGGCUGAGGGACCAUCUCGGCGCCGGGUUCAUGCGCUUCAGCGCGACGAGCGACUGGAGCAUGCCGCACUUUGAGAAGAUGGUCGGGGAGAAUGCGCUGCUGUUGGGCGUGUUUCUCGAUGCCUGGCUGGGUUACUCGCGAGACAGUGGCAAGGAGUUGACGUUGAAAGACGAGUUUGCCGACGUUGUGCUGGAACUGGGUGAUUAUCUGACGAGUCCUGUGGUGCAGGCGGAAAUGGGCGGGUUUGUGACGAGCGAGGCGGCGGAUUCGUUUUACCGCAAGGGGGACCGGCAUAUGCGAGAGGGCGCCUACUACACGUGGACGCGGAGGGAGUUCGACCAGGUCGUCGGCGGCGGGUCCAGCGACGAUGAUCACGCCAGCUCGGUCGCCGCAGCGUACUGGAACGUGCAGGAGGACGGCAAUGUGCCGCAAGAUCAGGACCCGUUUGACGAAUUCAUCAACCAGAACGUGCUGUCUGUCAACGCCGAUGUUGCGGAGCUGUCGAAGCAGUUUGGCGUACCCGCGUCUGAGAUCAAGCGCCUCGUCGUGACCGCCCGGGAGAAACUGCGUGCCCAUCGGGAGAAGGAGCGCGUCAGGCCGGCGAGGGAUGAAAAAGUUGUGGUUGCUACGAACGGUAUGGUCAUCGCGGCACUGGCGAGGACGGCCGCUGCUGUCCGCUGGCUGGACCCUGUGAGAGCGGACAGAUACCUCGGUGCCGCAAAAGCUGCCGCCGUCUUUAUCAAGGAGAAUUUGUGGGAGGGGCGGGACACCAGGAGGACCAACCCGUUGCAGCGUUUCUUUUGGCAGAAACCUAGCGAGACGUCCGCAUUUGCUGAUGACUACGCCUUCCUGAUCGAUGGUCUUCUGGACCUCUACACAGCAACCCUUGAGCAGGAGUGGCUGGACUGGGCCAAGGAAUUACAAGACAAGCAAACACUCCUCUUCUACGACGCUCCCUCUUCCAAACAGAUCUCCGCCACUCCUUCCCCGCGCCACGCCUACUCAGGCGGGUUCUACUCCACCGAGGCCGAAACGCUUAGCCCGACCAUCCUGCGCCUCAAGAGCGGCAUGGACAAGUCGCAGCCCUCGACCAACGCCGUGUCGGCAUCGAACUUGUUCCGCCUGGGCUCUUUGCUUCCGAAAAGCUGCUCGCCAAGCCCCGAGGCGUAUCUGCUGCGGGCCAAGCAGACGGUGAAUGCCUUCGAGGCCGAGAUUUUGCAGUACCCUUGGCUGUUUGUCAGCUUGCUGAACGGCGUCGUCACAGCCCGGUUGGGGGUCAAGAAGGUCGAGGUGAGGAAGGGGGAUGAGGAUGGGUUGAAGAGGUUUUAUACCAGCCCCAGGGCCGAGGCAAGGGUGUUGAUGCUUGUUGGGGAGGGGGAGGAGACUUCGUAUAGGGAAAGGGUGGAGACGGGCUUGGAGAGGGAAGUGGAAGGGUUGGCGAUUGGGGAGCGGUAUUGA